CCACACUGACGCAGACGCAGAGAAAAUAGACACAAAAAAACGUAACACAAGCAAGCAGCGAAACGGUUUUGGUUUCGGCAUCGUAAAGAGGGAAACAAAUCGUUCGCCGUUGUUGGUGCCCAAACUUAAUUUCGUCCGUUUUUUUCCGUGUGUGUGAUUUUAAGUUUUCCAAGCCCUGCCCCAGACAGCGACAAUGAGCGGUACCGUGAUGCUGUUUGCCUGCUCCAAAUGCUUCUCACGCCAUCCGUUCGAGGAGUUGUCCCCGGGCCAGCAGCUUUGCAAGGACUGCCGAGGAUCGUUUCCGGUGGUGAAAUGUACCUACUGCCGCUCGGAGUUCCAGCAAACGUCCAAGGGAAGCACGUCAGCGAUCUGCCGAAAGUGUGAGGCCAACGUGAAGCAGUAUGGAAAGCCGUCCGCCUGCGAGCUGUGCAACAUCAUUGCCGCAUUCAUCGGAUCCAAAUGCCAAAGGUGUACAAACUCCGAGUUAAAAUAUGGACCAGCAGUAACGUGCGAUCAGUGCAAACAGCGAUGCGCCUUUAAUAGGCCCGAUUAUAAGGUUGAUGGCAAGCUGCUUUGCUGGCUGUGCACGCUGUCCUACAAACGUGCGCUCACGAAAGCCCGCCAGGUAGAGAACGAACGCCGAAGGGCCAAAAAGCGCGCGGCAGAAGGAUCUUUCCCGCCCCCACUGGGCGGAAGCGGUGCGACCGGUGGCAGCAAUGAUCGGCGCGACCGAAUGCACGGCGACAAGAUGAGCAACAGCGGUGGCGGACAGGGCAACAGUGGAGGGGGAGGAGGAGGAGGAGGAGCGAUGAAUCUACCGGGCGGCGGUGGAGGUAUGUCCAGCUUGCCACCGCUCGGCGAUCUGAACAUGAGCCUCGGACCGAUGGGUGGCGUCGGGUCUGCCGGUGGCACCGGAGUCGAUCGCAUAGACAGCGGUGGUCCUGGAGGCGGUGGUGGUGGUGGUGGUGGUGGUGGCGGCGGCGGUCCUGGAGGUACUGGCGGUGGCGCCCGGAACGAUAACGGCAGGCACGCGUCCUCGAACAAGAAACCGCGCGCCGAUACGGGUAAAAUGGUACCGGAGAUGCCGACCGACAAGCUGCUGAUGAAGAGUGCCAACAGUGGCAACAGCGGCGGCGGCGGCGGAGGCGGCAGUGGCGGCGGGUACGUGGAUCCCCACAGCUCCGACCAUGUGAUCGCGAUGACGCAGCUGAAGGAGACGAUAGCGACGCUGCAGCGAAAGCUGAAGCAGAAGGACAGCGUCAUACUGGAGAAGGAGAAGGAGAUCAGUGCCUGGAAGGGGAAACACUUUCACCUCGAGCAGGAAUUGAUGAAGAAGUAUAAAGACAUGGAGAAGAACUACGAGUUCAAGGUGGACGUGCUCAACAAGAAGCUCAAGGCGCAGCUGCUCGAAAUAGCGGCCCUCUCGAAGGCGGUGAAGGAGCGGGACGACAGCAAAAAGAAGAAGGUGGUCACCUAUCUGGCGACGACCAAGCUGAGCAAGGUCAGCAAAUCGUCGGGCGAUUCCAAGGACAGCUCGGACAGGGAGAAAUCCUCCUCGACGAUCGGUCGUAGCGGUGGCGGCGGUGGUGGUGGUGGAGGUGGUGGCGGCGGUGGUCGCAACCGGAUGCUUGACGAUGACGAUGAGGAGGAAGAAGAGAACGGUAGCAACAAGGAGGACAAGGAGAACGACAGCGAGAAGGGUUCGGAUAAGGGUGGGUCCGGGCGGAACACGCCGCGCGACAGUGGCAAGGACAGCCCGCGCGAUGUCGAUUCCGGCAAGGAAAGCCCGCGGGAAUCGGACAAGGAGGAGGAGAGCGAGAAGAAAGCAUCGAAACUGGCCACCGAACAGCAGCAGCAGCAGUCGCAGCAGCAGAAUGAAGACUCACAGAAUGACGCAGAAACACCGAUGGAAGAAGGGUACGAGGAGCAGCAACAGAAGGCAAACAAGAGCAACGGUUCCUCGACCAAGGACGAUGACGACGACUCGGACCGGGAGGAGGAGAAGGACGAUCGGCGCAGCUCGGACCGCGGCUCGGACGAUGGCUCGGAGCAGGGCUCGGAUCGUGGCUCGGAACGGGGCGGAUCGGGCCGCGGCUCCGAUCGAAGCGACAACGAGUCGGACAAGGAGAGCGAUCGGGACGAUCAUUCCGAUAAGGGCGGAAGCGACAAGGACAGCGACCGGGAAGGGUCCAACAGUGGGUCCGAGAGUGAUCGCGAUUCGGACUAGACGCAGGAGCUUGUUGGUGCGUACGUGCGUGCUGGGCUGCUGGGGUGUUGGGUGGUGCUCCAUUGUUGACAAGGUUGUUCCACAAUUCGCUGGAUUGUGACAGACCGCUAACUGACUCGCACCAGGCGACGGUCAGCCUUUUGCUCCAUUUAUUUUAACACUUUAUUUAAAUUAUAUCCAACUGCAACAUAAUUGUGUGCAACACAUUUUUCCAUCUAAUUUACCGAUUGUCCCUAAACUGAAAUGGGCUAGGGAAAAUUCAUUUAUAUCUCAUCUAGUUGACCAACGAUUCCGUGACCCGGCCCUUCAUGAUGGAUGUUUGGGCAAACGGUAUCACUUUUUUUAUAUGUGGGUACAUGUUUUUAGUCUAAUUGUUCUGUGUCUUGGUUGCACACAGCCUGUAAGCCAUUAUUAUCGUACAGUGGCCUGUCUCUGUGUUUCGCGAUGAAGCCGUUCAGUGGGAAGGUUUAUCGUGAAAUUUUAAUUGUAAAGCAACUACUCUUAUUAAGCGUCCACCAUCACGCCGUCACAACCACAAUCGAGAGAGCAUGAUCAAUAUUAAGCGCGGUUAGGCGUUGUUGGUCUCGACGCCGCCUUUGAUCGCGCAACAAUCUAUUAAAAAGAAACAAACACACAAAUGUGUAUUGCGCUGAAUGUGAACAAAUAAAGUAUAUUGAAAACACA